AUGCGAAAGCGAUCCGUUCGCAAGGACUUUACUCUAUUCGGAACUGCCACGCUAUUAUACAUGGAACGCAGCAUCGAAGAAGUUUCAACGCCGGAAGAAAGAGGCCCUACAUCGUUCGAUUCCCUGCGUACUGUGGAUGGUGUGCUGUGUGCCACUUUUCGGGAGGCUUGCCAACGUUUGAAUUUGCUCGAAAACGAUACACAUUGGGACUCAACACUCGCCGAUGCAACUGUUUCUGCGCCAGCGAAUCAAAUUCGUACAUUGUUUGCGAUCAUCAUAGCUACAUGUCAUCCGUCGAACCCGACUGCAUUGUGGGACAAAUACAAGGACGAGAUGGCUGACGACAUUUUGCACAGAGUUCGCACGACAACUUCGAAUUUCGAUCUCGAAAUUAACGACGAGAUGCGCAACGAAGCAUUAGUUCUGAUCGAAGACAUCUGCGUGCUCAUGUGCGGCAGUCUGCUGUCGACAUUGGGAAUGCCAGCGCCAAAUCGUUCGCUGCACGAUGCAUUCAAUCGCGAAUUGCAACGGGAGCAAGAUUAUGAUCAAGAUGAGCUGGCCGAAAGAGUGCGAACAAAUGUGACGCUGUUGAAUGCCGAGCAGAAGAACGUGUACGAUUCGCUGAUGAAAGUUGUUGACGAUGGAACGGGAGGCAUUUACUUUCUCGAUGCUCCCGGUGGAACAGGCAAGACAUUUCUCAUUUCGUUGAUUCUGGCAAAAAUUCGGUCAAGAUCUCAAAUUGCGUUGGCUGUUGCAUCCUCUGGGAUUGCUGCCACAUUGUUGGAAGGCGGUCGAACUGCACAUUCUGCUUUUAAGCUGCCGAUGAAUGUUCUCACGGUUGACCAGCCAACGUGCACAUUGACCAAGAAUUCGGCGACAGCGAAAUUGAUGCGAGAAUGCAAAAUCAUCAUUUGGGAUGAAUGCACGAUGGCGCAUAAACGGGCUUUAGAGGCAGUUGACCGAACAAUGAAGGAUUUAAGAGGUGAUUCGAGACGAUUUGGUGGGGCUAUGAUAUUGCUCUCCGGAGAUUUUCGUCAAACGCUUCCCGUUAUCCCGAAAUCUACUGCUGCCGAUGAACUUAAUGCAUGCUUGAAAUCGUCGUCUUUAUGGCGGCAUGUCAAGAAGUUUAAAUUGACCACGAACAUGAGAGUCGCAUUGCAGAACGACCCGUCAGCUGCUGAAUUCUCGAGACAACUGCUGGCGCUUGGCAAUGGCCAAAUUCCUGUUGAUGUUUCGACUGGAUUGGUAUCGUUCCCGGCAAAUUUUUGCGAGUUCACAUCGUCGAAGGAGGAACUCAUCACCAAAGUGUUCCCCGGAAUUGCACAAAAUUAUAAAAAUCUCGAUUGGAUUAGUGAACGGGCAAUACUAGCAGCGAAGAAUAAAGAUGUCGAUAGCUUGAAUUUCAUUAUUCAAAGUCAAAUAGCUGGAGAACUGCAUUCGUACAAAUCCGUUGACAGCGUGACCGACGAGGAUGAAGCGACCAACUAUCCGACGGAAUUUUUGAACUCGCUUGAUGUACCAGGAACUCCGCCGCAUAAUUUACAGCUGAAGCGAUGGAAGGGCAAAAGUUUAGAGGAAAAAAAUACUGCACUUAAUCCGAAGAAUUUAGUAUCAACUGUGAAGCAUGGUGGCAACGUAAUGGAUUGGGGAGCUGUAGCGGCAUCUGGAGUUGGAAGAAUAGUAUUUAUAGAGGGUAAUAUGGAUCGUUAUCAAUACAAAUCUUUACUGGAACAUAAUUUGAAACCUUCGGUAGAUAAUUUGGAGCUUGGUGCAAGUUGGAUCUUUCAACAAGAUAAUGAGUCCAAAGCACACGGCACACAUUGUUAA